GGUAAAAUUUUCCUUUCAUUGAAUCUUCCGAAAGAAAAUGAUUACUCAAGAACUCCUUAAUAAUUAUUUGUUUAAAUGUUGUAAUCAAUUUCAAAAAGAAAUUCAAGCUAUAAAUUUGUUAGAAAGAGCAAGUAAAUCCAGGCAGAAGCAGCAGCAGCAGCAGCAGAGUUGCAGGUAAAAGAGAAAAAGAAAAAGAAAAGGUGAAUACAGCAAUACUUACAUGAUGCCAAUGAUUAUAUUCUUUAUAUAGCACAGCACUGUAAUGGUGUGUUUAUCAUCAAAUCUUACAGAAAGCAACAAAUUCUGGAUUUCUCGUGUACGUAUAAGAUCAACGCAGAAAUGGAGGCGAAGAAGAGUUCUGUUGGCUACUCGAAUGCUGAGCAUUUGGAGGUUAGGCCUGGAGGCAUGCUAGUCCAGAAAAGGGGUUCGGAUUCUCGUCUUCCAGUUCCCACCAUUAAAGUCAAAGUCAAGUACGGCUCUCAGUCUCGACACAUUUCUAUCAGUUCUCAAGCCAGCUUCGGGGAACUGAAGAAAAUGCUUGCGGAACAUACAGGGAUACACCAUGAGGAGCAGAAAUUGAUAUAUAAGAAAAAGGAGAGAGAUUCCAAAUCGUAUUUAGAUGUUGCAGGAGUCAAAGAUGGAUCUAAAUUGUUGUUGGUUGAGGACAUUGCCAUUAGAGAAAAACGCUGCCUGGAGAAACUCAAGAAUGCGAACAUUGAAAAGACCUCCAAAUCCUUGACUAACAUCAGCUCGGAAGUAGAUAAAUUUGCUCAACAGGUCACAGCCUUGGAAGCAACAGCUUCAAAAGGCCGGAAAGUUUCUGAGGUAGAUGUAGAUAAUUUGACAGGAAUUUUGAUGACUAUAUUAGUCAAACUUGAUGAGCUUAUUGUUGAAGGAGAUCUGAAAUUGCAGAAGAGAACACAGGAAAAGAGGGUUCAAAAGUAUAUUGAGAAUCUUGACAAGUUGAAGCUAAACAAUUCAGUGACCUCCAACAAGGGAGACCAUUCCCCACUGAAGAAGAAAGAGAAAGAGAAAGAGAAAGAGAAUUCUGUUAACCAACUGCAAGCAAAAGAGAAGCAGAGGAAUUUGCCAUUGAAGCAAUCCGGUUCGUUUGUGAUAACAACAAGAUGGGAAACAUUUGAGUAAGAAAAAGGUAGGUUGCUUCCUAUUUGAACUGGAAUUUCUUUCGAGAAUUCGAUUAGUCACAUUGAAGAAGAUUGUUUAUUUUUAGAUUAAUUUUAUCGUAGAAAAGGGUCUUCAAAAAUAAAAUUUGAUGCUUGUGAUGUGGGUUUCAAUUUUUCUUGUCCAUGUGGGAGAAAGCAAGUUGUAUAUAAUAUAAUCAUGCAUAAAGAACUGAAGAAUCAGGUGGUGGGUCAUUUUAUUCUAAAUUUAUUAUAGAAGAUAUGAAUAAAUUUGUGGGUCGUUGAGAAAUUUGUUGUACAGCUAUUAGAAUUCAUUCUGUUGUCAGUGUGUGUCGAUUGGGGGACCAUUGAGGCUGAUCAUCAGUGGUGAAAUGAAUAAUCUGUGUUUCGUGGGAA